AUGAUGAAAAUAUUCAUUGCCUUCUGCCUCAUUGCCACCUGCAUCGCCACCGAUGGAGAACAUGAGUGUCCGGCCAACGAAGUCUUCAAAACUUGUGGAACCGCCUGUGAAUCAACCUGUGAAAACCCUAAUGCAUCCUCUGGACCAUGCAUAGAAGUCUGUAUUUCAAAUGUAUGCCAAUGUGCCCCUGGAUUCGUAAGAAACUCCUCCGGAGCAUGUGUUAAAUAUAGUCAAUGCAGUGAACCAACACCAAAAUGUGAGGAGAACGAGGAAUUCAAAGAGUGUGGAACUCACUGUGAGCCAACCUGCAAGGAACCAAACCCAGCAUGUAUAAUGAUGUGUAAGGAAAAUGUAUGUCAGUGCAAGAAGGGAUUCGUUCGUCACGAGAAGGCCUGCAUCUUGCAAGUUCAUUGCCCAAAACUUGGAUUGUAA